AUGGUCUACUCGAUGAGCCUCAAACUUACCGCCUCGGAGCUUGAAGAGCGGCGUCAUCAGCUCAACAGGGCAGGUUUGCAUGCCUGGCUCUCGCCGAUCGUCCUCUUGGUGGUCGCAUGCCUGUAUCGACGCUACCUUCACUCAGCGCUCUUUCCAUCGAAAUCGCCAUUGUCAUCAUCUGGCCCUCGACGUGUGUCCCAGGUGCAGCUAUUCUUCAGACGCGCGACAUGGAUCCUGCAGACGACAUACAUACCCGAGUUUGGCCCCCUGUCUGUCCAGCUACUCGCCUUGACGUAUGCAGGAUGGCUCCUUUACCUCACAUUCCACAACACGGGAGAUGAUUACAUGCACCUCACCAAGGCGUUCGGACACGUGGCCAUCUCUCAACUGCCCCUGCAUUACCUCCUCUCCCUCAAGCAUACCACUUACUCGCCCUUGGGGUGGGCCACCGGCCUCACGCACGAACGCCUCAACGCAGUCCAUCGCAUGUUCGGACGCAUCGUGCACGCCUUUCUCGCCGCUCAUGCCGUACUCUACCUCAGAUUCUUCAUCAAAUUAGGUAUUCUGCCGAAACGGAUCAAGGACCCGGACGUCCGGUUCGGGAUCCUGGCUUUUUGGAUGUUCAACUUUCUGGGUCUGCUGAGCUUGCCCGUCGUAAGGAGAAAGAUGUACCAUUUCUUGUUCUACAGGAGUCAUGUCUUGUUGAGCGCCCUCGUGAUUCCCAUCUUGUGGGCACACGUGCCAUACACGAGGUUCUACGUGGCGCAAGUUGCGGCGAUUUGGGUUCUUGGAGGAUGGUUGAGGAGCAUGAGUGCGAAGACAAACGUGCAGGAGUUGAGAUGUGAGAACAUACCCGGCACGGACCUUGUGCGAGUGAGGUUUCUCGUCGACAAAACCAGUGCACUGGCGCGCGCGACGCCAGGACAGCACGUCUACGUCCGCUCCAGGGGUGUGAUCGGUCCGAAGACGCCGUUUUCGAUCGCCAACGUGCAGCAGUACUCGGCCAAAGAUGGGCAGGUGGAAGUGAUGCUCGUUCUCCGGGCCAUGGGCGGUCCGGGGACUUCCUUUUUGGAAUCGCUUUCCAAGUCCAAGCAUGAGCUUAAAGAGGCGGAGGCGGCGGCGGCGGAAGAAAUCCAGAUCGAAGGACCCUACGGCGAAGCUGGCGUGUACAUGCCUGCGAUCCUCCGCUCGGAAUAUGGUGGUCCUGCCCUUCUUGUCGCUGGUGGUAUAGGCGCCACGUACAUCUUGCCGAUAUAUAUUGCUCUGAUGAAUUCACGUCGUCGCCUACGCCGAGCACCGGAGGGAGGAGGGGCGCGCAUUAAGAUGAUAUGGCUGGUCAAAACAAUGGCUGAUGCGCGAUGGGGCCUUGUAUUGCUCAUGAGCUGUUUGCGAGAAGGAGAAGAUGGACUCCAGCUUGAUGUGGACGUAUACAUUACCACUGUCUCGUCGUCUUCGUCCUCCGCAAUGUCCGCAGACGAUCUCGACCUCCAAUUGUUGAAGAGACAAGGCCUCAACAUCCACCAGCUCGGCCACCGUCCGAAUCUAGGUCCUAUCAUUGACGGAGUUUUUGGCGGCGAGCGAGUAUCACCCGAUAUGGAGGAUGAAGUCACCGUCUUCGUGUGCGGACCGCGCAGUCUUUCGCGCAAUGUGAGGAACAUCGUUGGACAAAGGGUCAUCAGCCAGGGAAAGAGGGCGAGGUGGUUCGAGGAGGUGUUUGGGUUUGGAGGGAGUUGA